AUGCCUUCUCCCGUGCCAAAGGAAGACACCCUUCCAAGGUGCCAGACACCUGCUGAAGCUCCCAAAUUGCCGAACCUAAUCUCCAAGACACGUGUCACCUCCACAACGACUUGCACAAAGUCUCACAUCGAAACUUUGUGCAAACCUUUCCCUUUCACUUCCCUACAAAUAGGGAACAGUACUCAAGCUCUUCCCUUGCUGAAGGUCCUCACCUUCUCCCCUGAUGAAGACUACCCACUUCUCUCUAAGUUGACCUCCCAAAAAGUAUCAACAGUUUGGCGCCGUCUGUGGGAAACGACUACUAAAUCCCAUUCUCCUCUACCAGUCCAUCUAGCUCCUUCUUCCAUCAGGCCCCGUCGCCUCUUCUUCACCCCACACUCCGCUAUGCCGAUCGAUGAUAGCCACGAUACUCAGCACCAUACCCCAUGUGGGGAUACCUCUCGAAGGAAACCUUCAGCAGAUGUCAACCUCCAGGCCGAGGUCGAGCGCCUUCGUGCCAGCGUUGCCAAGAUGUCUGAGAAAUACGAACAUCUUCAUACCAAGAACAUUUUGCUGGAUCAUGACUACCGCACGCUGAAGUGUAACUGGGAGAUGACUUAG